AGCAUGAUUGGUUUGUAUUCGAAAAAGAAGUGAUGCAGAUGAGACUUACGAUGAAGUCAAAACAACAAAAAGAAUAAAAAAAUCUAGGCAGAGAACGGAACAAAGAGAGGGUUAAAAAAUAUGAUAUCUUGUGGUUUUUUUGAUGUUACUACAAAAUGAAGUGUGUAGAAUAAGAAGUGCGAACUGAGUGAAAAUGCGCUUUUCGGUUUGUGCAUUACCUGCAGCAAGAGCAUCCGACUAGGUGACGAAGUGAGGAAAAUCUGAGAUCGGGUGUUGUAACUGCAGACAGUGGGUGUUUUGUUAAUUUUUGUCACACCUGUAGCCUGGGACGAAGGUUCGGUAGACGCGUGGCCGACACGCGUCGACGUUUAAAGGAUUGUUUGGAGAACCGAUCGCUGACGCGUGUCGCCGACGCGUGUCUUUUUCCCCCCUUUGCGAUAGCGAAGAGAGGGUGUAGAAAUUCCUCCGGAGCAUGUGUACCGCACACGGCAAUUGAAAAAUACCGUUGUUGGAAUGGAGGUUUCUGGGAGAUUUCAAGUCCUUGAUAUAGCGGCAGUGUACGAGCCGAUAUCGUCGUUGUUAAAAUAGGACCUUCCAAUAGAAUGUGCGAAGAAAUGUUAAGGCCAGCUCUUCUCGAUCCAAACAGUCAAAAUGUACCAAAUAUUGUCUCUGCCCUAGAUUAUUUCAGUAAAGAAGAAACAAAGUGGCGGAGUGAAUUUUCAACGAUCAUGAGCCUUCGAACGCAGUUCGAAGAACGUUAAUUCGAAAUUCAAAUCGCGAUCGUUUGAACUAGCACGUAGGUCGACUCGGGAAUGUGUGAGAUUGAAAUCGGCGACUAGUAAGUAAUAAAACGCGGCAAAAUGUAUUCCAUUGACAACCUCGAUCUGGACAUGAUGAACAGACAAUACAUGUACGAAGCUCACAGCUUCCUUGGUAAUCCUGCGAUACCCUCGUUGCCGCCGCACUGCGGACCUCCAACGACGGCGAGCUUGCUCCCGAUUCCUCCCCAGAUGCCUUCACAUCCACCUGGAAGCACGGGUAGCACGAGUGGCAGCGAUUUGUAUCUGUACGACGAAAACAGCAGCGACAACGAGAGCGCGUAUAGCAGUGACCAGGAGAAUCACACUAGAGAACGAAACGGUCGGAAUCGGCGAACGGGAGGAUCGUCUUCUGGCGGAAAAUGUCCUCGGCAAGCGGUUCAGCAACGGCAAGCAGCUAAUCUUCGAGAACGACGGCGAAUGCAGAGCAUAAACGACGCCUUCGAGGGUCUCAGAGCCCAUAUACCAACUCUGCCGUACGAAAAACGGCUCUCUAAAGUUGACACGCUGAAGCUCGCCAUCGGGUACAUCAAUUUCCUCAACGAACUCGUCCGGGCCGAUAAGGGCAACGAUCCUCUCACCGGUGGAAGCUUGUCACGAUGUUCCGGUCGUGACGAUUCGAAGAAAAUCAUAGUCCGCGGUAGCGGUGGUAACCCGUUUCUCUCACACUCACUAUCAUGGUCCAGAAAAUCUGACAUUUCACCAAAUGGUACGAUGUACGCGAAAGUCUGGACGCCGGAAGAUCCUCGAGCUAACAAGAGCGUUGGGGGCGUCGGACACGGUGGUGGGAACACCUUCGUUGAGUGAAAUUGUCGAAAAUAGCGUCGUUCGACCUCUCCGGGCGUAAAUCGAGACGUCUUUAGAUAUGCAGAGGACAAGAAGUCGAAAGGUAAAAAGAAACUUUUGCUUUCGCGGGUUUUGCGAAAAUCAAUACGAAAGGGAUAUGUACCAGAGACUUUCAAAUAGUGAUAUUACCCGAAUGUAGGUGAGACAUAAUCCAAAGAUUAACAUAAUAAAAAUCGAGAGUGGUUUUUGAACCGCAAGUGUUCGGAACACGCCGUAUAAAACAUUGUUGGUGUUGGGAUGUGAGGAAUAAAACAGCGCGGGUAAAUAUAUCAUGUUAUAGUUUAAUCGAAAAAUAUUGAAUUUCUAAGGAAUUACGUGUGAAUGGUUUUGCCGUUCAAAUCUGAUGAAAUUUUGAGAAUGAACUAAUACGUUGCGGAGCAUUAUAAAUCGAUCUAGUCAAAAUGUUAUUUAGUGUUUAAGCUUAACUGUAUAUUAUCUAGUCGUAAAUCGUAUAUUAGCGAUAGAUAUUUGUGGAUAAUAGUCGACUUUUACACUCCUAUAAUAAAUGAUUUUUUUCGGAAUAAUAUACAUACCAUAUAAACGUAAAUAUAUAGUUCGCAGUUUCUCAGUUACGCGGGUAAUUAAAUAACCAAAACUAUAUUCAAUCAUUCCGGCAAGUGACUUGGAACAUGAGAAAUGAGAAAUAAAAUUAUUAAUUUAUAUUAAAAAACAAAAUGUGGUUUCGUUAUUAUUAUUUUCAAAUCUUCAAUUAUAUAUAACGUUAUAAAAAUGUUCUCGAUCAAUUGAUUGCUUGAUCAACUGUCCGAUGGUUGUAAAUUAUGUAAACUAUAUUACAGGAGAUACUUUUUAAAUUUUUUUCUCGUCAACAGGGGCGAGAUAAAAUUGUUAUGGCUUAGGUAAGAUUUAGUCAUAACAUGUACUAUAUGACAAUUGGUUGAAACGGAGGUUACACUCAAUCCUCGUACGUAUUAGAAUCAACGUGAAGAAGAAAGCUCAAAAACGCGAUUAACUAUACAUAUCGACUGUCUCAAAUAGCCAUUAUAUGGUUAUUUGAUAUACCGUGUGACCUAUUGUAUAUUUAACCUGUAUUAUACGUGUAUACUAAUUCUAGUCAAUCGUUUUUAAGCAGCGGUACCUACUUAUACAUACAUGUAUAAACAUAUAAAUAGAAGAUUGAAAAAACAAACCAAAAUAAAAAUAAUCUUAUAAUCACGACGAGUUAUAAUUUAUAUCAUCGCCCAAUAAUUAACAAAAUUGACGCAAAGAAUGAAGGAACAUUGCACGGUAUUAUUUACACAAUGAAAAUCUUUUCACGUAAUGUAUUUUCAAUUGAAUGAAAAACAGCGAAUGUAGUAGUUUAAUUCAUGAAUAUUGAACGGUCAGUGGCAAGUUUUGGAAUUCGAAAAAUACGAAUGCACCGCGUUUUUUGAGCUGAUUUUAAUUUUGUUAAUGCAACUAACGUGCGAUGAGAACAUUAUUGGGUGAUAAGACACGUACAAUACUCAUGGGGAAAUAUCAGGGACACUGACAUAUCCAAGCAGCGACGAUCCUUAGGCUUUAGUACUUUCUAGAGCAUUUCGCCCUGGGAAAGACAAGAUGGCCGAACACCUGUUCGAUCCCAACAGAUACUGUACCAAAUUUAUAACAAAGUUGGAUUGUGUUGGUGUGGGCGGUACGUCGAUACCGCGGCGUCGCGACGCUACAGAAUGGCGCCGACGGCUGUGGAUCUUCCCACGCCUCGCGAAUAUACAGGGGUGACUAGAAAGAGAAGGAUCGAGGGAAAGGGAGAGUGUUCACGGAUAAGAGAGACGCAGAAAUUUACCGUUGAAUCUUUAGACACCCGAGGUAUAUAAUUCGGCCAUACGUUGAUAAUUCUUACAAUUGCACGCGAUAAUUUAGCACCAAUUUUCGCCAGCCGUAUGAAAUAUUCAGUGUGAAAAUUUCCAGGCUAUAAACGCGGUACAGGUAUACCUAUACUACACGUCUUAAUUAUUUUCUUCCAUCCGUUAAAGAUCCAGGUGGUUUCAACUGUUGCAAUUAUAAUAUCAAUCGGAAGUAUUACAAAUUGCACGGGAAUUAUAUGUUAUUAUGAAAUUGUUUAGUCAAUCCCUGAGAAAAGCGCGUUAUCUUUAGGUAUUUUUUUUUAAAUACGAAGGCCAGUAGUUGAUAUAUUUAUAACACUAUCUGUGUGAUAUAGUAAUGUGUAUAUACUUACAAUAGUAUAUGUAUAUAUAGGUAAGAUAAUCCGAGGUAGUUGAUACAGGUGUUUCAAAGCACCUGCCGCGUCAUGCGUAACUCUUGACAGUGUAGG